AAAAUGGUCAGGCGAGUAGUCGAAGCGAGACCAUAAAUGUCUGCGGAAGGUGUGGAGAAGCUUUCUCUCGAGAUAGCAGCAUCUGAGGAGGAAUCUGUAGCCCCGACAGAACAACAAGAUGUAGCGUGCGGCCUGGAGAACUUGCCUGUGAGCUUGUGGCCUUUGGGGGCGGAGCCCAGGCCUAAACCUUUCCAGCUACUUCUUAAAACGCCCCAAUAACCAUUUACAUUUCAACGCUGAAUCGUCAAAAAGCCAAAAGUGGCUUCUGAGUAAGACAGCACCCGGGUACAUUUGAUGGACAGGAGCAUCUCUUUCAUCCCUGUAGGACAUCCCUGCACAGCUAAAGUGUAUACUCCUGAUCAUGUUGCUGGACCUGGAGCAGACAUUGACCCCACACAAAUAACCUUCCCUGGAUGUGCUUGCAUCGAAACUCCAUGUGUCCCUGGCACUUGCUCUUGUCUUCGCCAUGAGAAUAACUACGAUGACAAUUUAUGCCUUAGGGAUGUGGGAUCCGAAGGAAAGUACGCCAAGCCAGUUUUUGAAUGCAAUGUUCUGUGCCAGUGUGGCAUGCGCUGCAGAAAUAGGGUGGUCCAGAAUGGCCUACACUUCCUUCUCCAGGUGUUCCAGACAGAGAAAAAAGGCUGGGGACUUCGGACUUUGGAAUUUAUACCCAAGGGAAGAUUUGUCUGUGAGUAUGCUGGGGAGGUGUUAGGAUUCUCUGAAGUGCAAAGAAGAAUUCACCUACAAACAUCACAUGACUCAAAUUACAUCAUCGCUGUCAGAGAACACAUUUACAGUGGACAGAUCAUGGAAACAUUUGUCGACCCUACCUACAUAGGAAAUAUUGGGAGAUUCCUCAACCAUUCUUGUGAACCAAAUCUGUUGAUGAUUCCUGUCCGAAUUGACUCAAUGGUACCCAAGCUGGCACUUUUCGCAGCCAAAGAUAUUUUGCCAGGAGAAGAACUCUCUUACGACUAUUCAGGAAGAUUCCUUAACCAAGUAAGUAGUAAAGACAAAGAAAAGAUAGACUGUAGCCCACCACGAAAGCCUUGUUACUGUGGGGCCCAGUCAUGCACCACUUUCCUGCCCUAUGACAGUUCACUAUAUAUGGCCCCUUAGAAAAUCCAGGCACCAGUUAGGAAAGGAGAUCCUACCUGCCGGCCCCUUUGCAGACAGAAAUCAGAGGGAGCCAAGCAUUAAGUGAUAAAAUACCAUCUGGGUUCGUCUCCUACAAGCAAACUACUCUCAAGGGAAGGCUACCUCAUAGUCCGCAUCUUGUUCAUCCCUGUAAGACAAGGGGUUGCCCAGCCCUGCCAGGUUCCCACAUUCAACUCAGCAAUUUGGCCCAGAUAGAAUGUCCAUCAAUACACUCUCUCCCAGAAUACUUGUCUUUGUAGCUAAGUGUGGGUAAGUGGGUAUGUUGUAACUAACAGGAUACAAGCAAACAGGAUGAAUCCUUGGGCAUCGUCCUUGUAUUUCUUCUUGGAAACCAGAAGUCAGACCUGAUGGCUGGAGUUGGAACAGCCAUCCUAAAGCCAGGACGACCCUGGCAAAGGGUCAUUCAGAGCAAAUCAACAAGGUAUCUGGCACUGGAGAAAAAUACUGCUAGUCCUGACUGGAUGGAUGCCUCUGCACUUGUAGGUGAGGAGCCUACAAUGUUAAGCUACUGCUGCCUCACAUUUGAGCAAACCUCAUGUAUGAUUCAGCAAGACCUCAGCCUUGCUUUUUGGCUAGUCUUGCCGGCAAUAAAGCUGUCUUCUAUCUAUUUGA